AUGGCUUUGCUCGAAGCUGCUGCUGGAGAGGGUUUCGCUAAGUUUUCCGCGUUUGCUGACCAACGUGUGGGUCCCGAUGCCGCUGCUGCAACACACGAAGGAAAGAAAGCGCGACUGUUGUCAGAAGGACAUCAAGUGAUACCUAAGUGGGUAGACACUAUCAAGAACAUCCACGAGAUGAACAGCCCUGACUUCAAGCCGGUCUACAAGAGCCGACUUGUCAGCUAUGGGAACUCUGAAAACGUCAACAAGGAAGAGAUCCGUUGCGAUAGCCCAAGGUCGGAGCCAGAGUCCCAUCUGGUGUUGUGCAACUAUGCCGCUACUCGCAAACUUCGGCUUCGAACAGCGGCGGCUCCGAUGACGAGGUUGUUGCUAAUGGCCCCACCUCGCGGAGGAUUGACGAUGUUUGAUGCUGAGAUCCCGGAGGACGCGGUGUUGAUGCGCCGAGUGUCCCAGUGUAUGGAACGAAAGAUGCUGGACGAGGUAAGUCCUGCGACACACUACCUCUUCGGCAAGGCCCAACAUCUUGCCGCUAUGAUGUGCACACAUGUGGAUGACGACCUGCUCUUCGCCUACACGGACAAAGGCAAGGAGGCCGUAGAUGCUAUCCUCAACCGCUUUUCGGUUGGGAAGAUUGAGGAAGGUUCGUUUCGCUACUGUGGUCACCGUUUUUCCCAGGAUGAUGAUCACACAAGUCAUGUCGACGUCCGAGACAACACUCGGAACUUGAAACCAGCCGCAAUUGGAAGAGACCGAAAGAUGAAUGACCCCCUGACCCAGGAGGAAUUGACUUCUGUCCGGGGUGUCGUUGGAGGACUGGCAUGGGUGAGCCGAUAUGGACGGCCAGUUCAAAGCCUGAACGACGCCAAUCGAGUUGUGACUCGCUUUGCAGGGAAGCGACUGCAAAAUCACUUUCUCAAGACUGACUGGAUUGCUUGGAAGAAUCUUGCGGUCGUUACCUUUUCUGAUGCCAGCUUUGCAAACAAAGCUGAGUUCAAGAGCAAACAGGGAUGUAUCCACUACAUCACGUCUCGGAAUGUGAAAUUGGGUGAGCACAAAUUUCACCUGAUUGGAUUUGGAUCGUCGACGCUGAAAAGAGUUUGCCGAGCUACGCUGCAGGCUGAGGUUUACGUUGCGCGCAAGGUGCAAGACAAGCGCUUGGGAAUUGAACUUUCCUCUGAAGAACUUGUGAGAAGUAUCACCCAAUAUCACCCAGCAGGAGAUGAGAUCGAAUUCGAAUUGAUUAAUACCGGCAGACAGUUGGCAGACUGUUUGACCAAGAGCAUGAAGCCUGACUUUUUGGUCAGAGUGCUCGCUGAGGGAUACAUCAACGUGAAGAAGCUGAACUGA